AUGGAGGCUCUCGGGUUCUUCUCCACCACCAAAAGACUGAUGGGCACUGGCAACAAAAAUCUGUGGACUAAACCAAUUGAAGGGUUCUUUAAAAUCAAUGUGGAUAGUGCCUUUUCGGCUCAAAACGAGGUUGUGGCGAUAAGGGUUGUUGCUAGAGAUCACCAUGGAAUGGUGAUGGGCGGAAGCACACAAAAGUUGGAGGGUACUCACACAGCAGAGUCAACUGAAGCUAAAGCCUUCACGGAGGGCAUUCGCAUGGCGAUUGAGAAUGGGAGGGAGAACGUGAUCAUUGAAGGGGAUGCUAUCUCCAUUGUGAAUCGCUUAACUAAUCAGAAUGAAGACUUAUCAAUGCUAGGAUUGUUGCGCAACGAGGCACAUGCACUUUUAGAAAGUUCUUCGACUUUUAAGGUUCAUUGCUUAAAUUGA